CUGCACGACAUGUGCUUUAUGUUUUUGUGGCCUUCAUGGCAUGGUUGACGGACUCUUUCAACAUCUUCGUCGUCAGCCUCUCGUUGAAAAGGUUGAGCGUCCAAUACGGGAUCGGCUCGCUCGAAGAACUCUCGUUGGCGCUCUCACUUACACACCUUUUCCGGUCCGCCGGGGCAUUCGUCUUCGGAUUAAUGGCAGACCGGUUUGGGCGGCGUUGGCUUCUCACUCUGAACAUGCUUGGGAUGUCUGGAACGGUCUUGGGAACCACUUUCAUUCUGGAUUAUUCCGACUUCUUGGUCGUUCGUGGGCUCUUUGCAUUCUUUUUGGGGGGCACUUACGGGACCGCCGUUGCAUUGGCGUUAGAAAAUCUACCGACACAUACUCUCGGCUUUGUUUCAGGCUUUUUUCAGCACGGGUAUUAUUUGGGCUACUUCCUAGCCGGGGGAUUUGACAUGAACGUCGUGACCCCGCUCAACAACUGGCGGGUAUCUUUUUAUGCUGGAAGCGGGCUUUCAUUCUUGACGGCAGCAAUAUGUGCAAUGUGUCCAGAUUCCGAGAUUUACAUUCAGCUUCGACAAGGGGAGCGUUUGUAUCCAGACCCCCAUAGACCUUCCAUGGGCAGGUCCUUCCUAAGAUCACUUCGCGCCGCGAUAUCCAAUCACUGGAAGCGAACAAUUUACUGCGUAUUAUUGUUGACUGCAUUCCAUAGUAUAUCUCGCAUAUCACAAGAUUCGUAUCAAAAAUUUGCCAUGGUGAACAAAAAGAUGUCGGUUGAAAACACGGCUCUCCUAGGCAUGAUUGGGAUCGGAGGUUCAAUGAUAGGUACCAUCGUCGGCGGUUGGUUAUCACAAUGUCUUGGCCGCAGAAUCACUAUCAUCAUGAUGUGCACAUUUGCUGGAGCCUUUGCUCCUCUUUGGAUCUUGCCUGACACUUUUCCUGGGCUGGCACUCGGUGUUUUUUGGUUACAGUUUUUUCUGCAGGGUGCUUGGGGUGUCUUGCCGAUUUAUAUCAGUGAGCUUUCACCCUCUGGUUGUAUCGCCACUUUUGUUGGUCUGACGUAUAAUUUGGGUCACUUAUUCAGCUCAGCGGCUCCAAUCCUCCAACAACGCGCUAUAGAACUGACACAUUACACCAUCUAUGACGUCGACAUGUAUCAGUACGGUCUAGCCCAAGCGAUUUUGUUUGGAAGUCUGGCCGGAUUCAUCGUCUUGUUAACGAUUUUCGGCCACGAGGAGCACGGAACUGUGUUGAGAUCUGUUGGUGGUGCGAUGUGGGACGAUUCCAAGUCAAACUCCCUCAGAAGUCUGGAGGAUGAUGGCUCUCCGACUGAUCGAUUGGGGGAACGCAUCAGAUAGUCAUUUGUCAUCAGCCAUGAUGAAAGCCAGCGUCUAUUCCAAGUCUUCUUUGUCCAAUGUUUGCUCAAAUAUUUAAGGAAUUUACUUGUCCAUCGUCCUGGAGACAGCUGACUCAAUAACCAUCCAAUCAACUUAUUUCAUCAGUGAUAAGGGAAAUUUGUAACUGUGUAUCUAGUGUCUGCGAAUAAUGUGUAGUAAUAAAUGGC